AUGAAUUUCAAGGACUGCCGGUUCAAGGUAGUUUACCAGGCGCCCACCAAGUCUCUAUGCUCAGAGAGGUACCGUGACUGGCAACACAAGUUCUCUUCCUUGGACCUCCAAUGUGCCGAACUUACUGGUGAUACUGACCAUGCACGGUUACGUAAUGUACAAAAUGCCAAUAUCAUCAUUACAACUCCUGAAAAAUGGGACAGCAUGACACGGAAAUGGAAGGACCAUAUUAAACUAAUGCAACUCGUAAAGCUGUUUCUUAUUGAUGAAGUGCAUAUUCUGAAGGAAACUAGGGGAGCCACACUGGAAGCUGUGGUAUCACGAAUGAAAUCUGUCGACUCCAAUGUUCGAUUCGUUGCACUCAGUGCCACUGUCCCAAACUCUGAGGAUAUCGGGGCUUGGCUAGAAUUUCGGCCUGUGAAACUGCAGAAGUUUGUGUAUGGCUAUCAUAGCAACGGCAAUGAUUUUGUCUUUGAUAAAGCCUGUGAGGCGAGACUCCCCGAAGUCCUGGAGAAACAUUCAAAAAAGAAGCCGACCAUGAUAUUUUGUUGUACUCGAAACUCUGCGAUCGCGACUUCAAAAUAUUUGGCCAAACUAUGGACAUCAAUGAAUCCGCCUAAUCGCCUAUGGAACGGGCCAACCAGACCUGUUGCAGUUCAAAAUCUUGAAUUGGGAGCAACCAUUUCCGCUGGUGUGGCAUUUCAUCACGCUGGCCUCGAUGCCUGUGACCGCCAUGCUGUCGAAAACGGGUUCCUCUCUGGACAAAUCAAUGUGAUUUGCUGUACGUCGACAUUGGCAGUGGGCGUAAACCUUCCCUGUUAUCUUGUGAUUAUAAAAAACACAGUUUCAUGGCAAGAUAAUUGCUGCAAAGAGUACCCGGAUCUCGAAAUGAUGCAGAUGCUUGGACGGGCAGGAAGACCUCAGUUCGACGGCAGUGCAGUUGCUGUUAUUUUAACAAGGAAGGAAAGGUUAGAUUACUAUGAGAAGCUUGUUGCUGGAACGGAGCAUCUAGAAAGCUGCUUACAUCUAAAGCUGAUCGAUCACCUGAAUUCGGAAAUUGGCCUUGGGACAGUUACGGAUGUUGAGUCUGCUAUGAGAUGGCUUGCAGGGACGUUUUUCUUCAUUCGUCUCCGGAAAAACCCUGCUCAUUAUAAGUUGAAAGAGGGUGCAAAUAGGUCAGACGAAGAAGAGAUGCUGAAGGAGAUCUGCGAGGAGAAUAUCAAGCGGCUGCAAGAAUGUUCACUUAUCACUUCGGAGGAACCUUUGAGAUCGACAGAAUUUGGGGACGCGAUGGCUAGGUAUUACAUCAAAUUCGAAACCAUGAGAUUAUUCCUCUCCUUGCCACCCAAGGUGAAGAUGUCUGAAAUUGCCGAUGAGUUUAGCGAGAUUCGAUUAAAAGCUGGAGAAAAGUCGUUAUACAAGGAACUAAAUAAGGGAAACGGCAUCAAGUUCCCUAUUAAAAUUGACAUUGCCCUCCCCGCGCAUAAAGUAUCUCUACUUAUUCAGUCCGAGCUUGGCGGCGUCGAAAUCCCCACUGGCGACCAGUAUCAAAAGCACAAGUUAUCGUUUCAGCAAGACAAGGGAUUGGUAUUCUCCCACGCAAGCCGACUUAUUCGAUGCAUAACAGAUUGCCAACUAUCCCUUCAAGACUCGGUGAGCACGAGACAUGCCCUUGAGCUUGCUCGGGGUAUUGGCGCCAGGGUCUGGGACAACUCCGCAUUGCAGAUGAAACAGAUCGAGCAAAUCGGCAUCGUGGCUGUCAGGAAAUUUGCUAAUGCUGGUAUCAGUAGUAUUGAGGCUCUCGAGGCGACGGAGGCAUCUCGGAUAGAUAUGUUGUUGAGCAAGAAUCCGCCUUUUGGCUCGAGAAUUUUGGCUCGUGUUGCAGAAUUUCCGAAGCCUAGGGUUUCUGUCAAAUUAGUGGAGAAGAACGGCCAUGAUGUCUUGCUGAGCGCUGAAUUGAUUGACGUUUAUCAGUAUAUAUCAUGCUUCGUUAUGUGUGAUGACAUUGCGGGGACACUUCGUCAGGCAGAGCUUAGGCAUGAUAUUCCAGCCUCACAAUUCCCAGCGAAGCAAACAGAAACUCCCCAUGGCAAAAACGAUUUGAAUCCCACGAUGAACACAUCAAGGAGAGGCAAUAGUGAUGUCACCAAAAAGGGGUCAAAAAGCCGGAGAGAUAUUGAUGAGUUCGAGGAUGACGGUCUCGAUGACACGGAUCUGAUCGCAGCAGCUGAGGAUAUGGAUUACCACUCAAUUGAUGAGUCGGACGGAAACGGCGAUCCCGUUCAUGCAUUAAUUUCAACCCGGGAAACAGCAUCUAGCCGCGACAUCAAGGAAUCACACACCAACAAGUCAGUGGAACCGGUUCGACUUGGAAAUGGGAAUUGGGCUUGUAACCAUCGCUGUAAGGAUAAAACUAAGUGUAAGCACUUAUGUUGUCGGGAUGGAACCGACCGACCGCCAAAACCGAGCAAGAAACAAGAGUCUGCAUCCAAUACUUUAACGAAGGCAACUACUACUUCGAACGCACCUCGGGAUAUAUCUGAGUGGACAAGGACUCAAGGGUUUUCGAAACAGCAGAACAGAAAUAACAAGCGAAAGUGGGAUGUUGAAAUUGUUGACCUGUGCGAUGAUAGCGAUAUAAAUACCAGACCUAACACAGCCGCCACGACCAUCUGUUCUAAAAAAGGCACAAGCGCCCAAAGGCAGAGUUGUAUCGAAGAUAGUGUAGGAAAAGCGGCAUUAAAAAUCAAAAAGUUUUCUCCAACGUCAUAUCCGCUCGCUAAGCAGAGCCCAUUAUGCCUAUCGUUCCUCGAUGAGGACGAAUUUCGCGAACCGAACACUCCGUUCGGAAAAAGAGGAUAUUCUACUGAUUCUAGAAAUUCCUUGGUUGAUGAUCUUCCGUCUCCUAAUACCUUGUUGCUUUCAUGCCUGAAGAAGGGGAAAGAAAAAGACAACGCAGAUUUUGACGUCCUUGAAGAUAAUGAGGAGGUGUCAUUCCAUGCGCUAGGUGAUGGAGACUGUGAUGGUAAAACCAUUUCUCCUCUACUUCCGAUGAAAACUGAUAGAACGACACAUAUUCAGGAUGAUAUCAGUGAUAAACAUACGUCGAGCCCAGAGAAGUCCUCGACCACAAAUGCUUCCCUUCUAUCGCCAUCAGUGACGAAGCCAAGAACAAACGACUCUCCUGCGACUGAUGGCACACUUAAUACCAUUUUGUUCCCAUUACCUGACCCCAAUUCUGUCGUACUCCAUGUCGAAAGCUCUGAUCCAGACGAUUUAAUAUUCGUCAAUAAUCAUACUUUCUACAACAAGGAAUAUGACUUCCAGUCAUUGUCACAUGCAAAACGCCCGUACAAUACAGCAGUUGGCAGUGGCUACAUGGCUAAUGAUGAUGAUUAUGGCAAUGAUAUCGAAAAUCCUAAAUCGAAUAAAAUAUGCAGGUAUGAGUCUGCAGACACAGGCACUGCGGUUAUUUCACCUCCUCUCAGCACAGCUAUUAAUUUCGACCAUAUUCCUACUAGGUAUGAGAAAUCUACUAUAGGUAAUAAGGAAGAGAGUCAUAGGACGACACAAGGUGAUGGUACCACCGGUUGGGAAGGGGUCGAUAUAUCGCUCCUCGAAGAGUUUAAAGACGUUGUGGAGUUCUUUUAA